AUGAGGGAGAUGGAGCCCAAAGACCAGCAGCUCAUGGUGGUGCUCCGGAUCCGCCCGCUCAGUGACACAGAGCUGGAGGAGGGGCCCGCCGCUGUGGCCCACAAGGUGGGGGACCAGACGGUGGUGCUCACGGACCCCGGCGAGGACCCUGAGGACACGCUGCGCACACACCGGUCCCGGGAGAAGACCUUCCUCUUCGACAUGGUGUUCGACCAGCACGCCUCGCAGGAAGACGUGUACCUUGCCACCACCCAGCACUUAGUGGAAGGCAUCAUUACGGGAUACAAUGCGACGGUGUUUGCCUACGGCCCCUCAGGCACCGGCAAGACCCACACGAUGCUGGGCGUGGACGCGGAGCCCGGCAUCUACCUGCAGACGCUGACCGACCUCUUCCAGGCCAUCGAGGAGACCCGUGACGGCACCGACUGCAGCGUGUCCAUGUCUUACCUCGAGGUUUAUAAUGAAGUGAUCCGGGACCUCCUGAACCCGUCCUCGGGAUUUCUGGACCUGCGGGAGGAUUCCAGGGGCAGCAUCCAGAUCUCAGGCGUCACGGAGGUCUGCACCUCUAAUGCCCAGGAGAUCAUGCAGCUUCUGACCAAGGGCAACCGGCAGCGCAUGCAGGAGCCCACAGCCACCAACAAGACGUCGUCCUGCUCCCACGCCGUGCUGCAGGUGACCGUGCGCCAGCGCAGCCGCGCUGCAGACCUGGCAGAGGAAGUGUGCGUUGGGAGGCUCUUCAUGGUGGACCUGGCGGGCUCGGAGCGGGCGUCCCAGACCCAGAACCGCGGCAAGAGGAUGAAGGAGGGGGCCAUCAACCGCUCCCUGCUGGCGCCGGGCAACUGCAUCAAGGCGCUCAGCGAGAAGGGCGGCAGCCGGGCGCAGUAUGUGAGCUUCCGGGACAGCAAACUCACGCGCCCGCUGCAGGACGCCCUGGGGGGGAACAGCCGGACGGUGAUGAUUGCCCACAUCAGCCCAGCCAGCACGCACUUCGAGGAGUCGCGGACCACCCUGCUGUACGCCUGCCGAGCCAAGAACAUCAAGACCAGGGUCAAGCGCAACCUGCUGAACGUGUCCUACCACAUCGCGCAGUACGCAGACGUCAUCUCCGACCUGCACAGGCAGAUCGAGCGCCUCAAGGCCAAGGUGGAGAAGCAGGAAAAGAGAAGUGAGCCCCGCGGCCGGGAUGCUCAAGCCACCAUCCCUCCGCCCGACGCAGAGGAGGACAGCCGCCUGCAGAUGAACAAGAUCCGCGCGCAGCUCAUCGGGGCCUUCAAGGAGCAGCUGGAGAUGCGGCGCAGCCUGGUGGAGCUGGAGAACACGAGCAUCGAGCUGCACGUCGACAGGUCCCGCCACCUGCUGACCAUCGCAGACUGGGAGCGGGAGAAGACCCACCACCUCACGCACAGGGACAGGCCGCCCGAGAGGAACGAGGAGCCGGCGGAGGGCUUCGGGGAUGGGGACGUGGGCGAGUCCGCAGAGCCGCACGAGGUGGCCCUGGCCAGAGAGGAGGUCAACGUGCUUCUGGCCAAGCAGCGGAAAACCGCGACCCUCAAGGUGCGGGGGGGGGUUGGGGGGCCGGGCGCGCUGCAGGCACAGCAGCGCUUUUUGACAGUGGCCGGUGCGCCGGGCCCUCCUACAAUAGUCCGAUGGAGUGGGCCAGUCAUGGCCACUCUACAGACUGGUGACGUGGUGUCCACUGAGACCCCCUGCCUGCCCAUCUAUGGGCGGACGGCCACCCCCUCCCCCCGGAACGGCAAAGCCUCGCGCUCCACGUGGGCGCCUGCACCGCAGUCCCGCACGGCGCCCUCCAUCAGCGCUGGGCUGGAGCAGCGCCUGGCCAAUGCCAAGAAGAAGGCCUCGCAGAUGGAGCAGCUGCUGCCCGCACAGGUCAUCAGCGAGGACCAGCGGGAGGUGCUGCGGCUGCUGUGCAGGGCCCACGAGCUGGAAGUGGAGAGCACGGAGCUGCAGGCUGCCAGCCCCUGCAGGAAGAACCUGCUGCGCCAGACGGACUUCCUGAUCCAGCGCUGCGAGCAGCACCGGCGGCUCUGCGAGCAGAUCAUCCAGGACCAGCGGCAGCUGAUUCAGGACGCUGGCCUCGCGGUGCCGGAGGCCCUGGCUCAGCGGUACGGCCUGUACUCCCAGGAGCUGGGCGCCAGCGCACUGGACCGCCUGCUGCUGCUGCACGCCGUGACGGCCAGCUCCCUGCACGACGGCUCUGUUCUGAACAUCUCUCCCCCGCCGGAGAUGCCCAGCCGAGACCAGCCGGGUGACAGAGAGGACGUCCCAUGGGGGGCCCAGUUUGAGCUGCCGCCCAUGCUGCUGGGGCUGUUUAAGGAGAAUAAAUAUGGCCUAGGAGGUGCUCGCCACACGGAGCGAUUCGGUGGUUACAAGUCAUCCAAAGCCACGCCGUCGAAAAAUCCAGGAAAGCAAGACUCUCUUCUCCCCCUGUCAUCCCUCUGCAUCCGGCUGACCCCCCCAGCUCACGAGGUUGGUGUGUGUGGCGCUAACCGGGACCCCGGGCUCUGUUCUGGGGGCCAGGAGUCCGAGAGCAGGCCUCCCCCCCGUGGGGCAUGUGUCUCCCUCGUAAGGACACCCAUCGUGGGAUUCGGGGCGCACCCUCCAUCCAAAGCUUACACUCGGAGCUCCCAGGUGGACAUGGGUUUGGAGAUGCCAUUCACCCACCGCAGCCCCUGCCCCAGCCACGUGCAGAAGCCGAGCUCCCUGAGCGUGAAGAGUUUGGUCUCCAAGCUGUGCUCCCCGGCCGGCCCGGAGCUGGGCACCCCCACCCCGAGGAUGGCGACAGAGGCCGGGCUCAGCGCCCGGGCCCUCAAGGAGAUGGCCGUAAGCACCAAGAGCAUCGCCCUCAUCGCGGCCACACGGCGCUCCCAGGCGCAGGACCGCGAGGGCGGCAGUGGCCGCGCCUCCCUCCACCCUCCGGAGGAGGCGGCCCCGGACUCCAGGGACCCCAAGCCCAGCAUCACCCCGGAUGCCAGCCCAGCAGACAAGAGGUGGUCACACGCCAGCCCGGGCAGGGCCUGCUCCGCGGAGAGGAAGGCCAGGGGGAAGCGGCCACCCUCCAUCACCUGGAGCGCCCAGCCGCCAACAGAAAAACUUCAGCCACCCUCCGUGGAGCAUGUGACCGAGAGCCAGCUACCCCCUGCACUCCUUCAGCUGUCGAAGUCGCGAGGAGAGAGCUUUUUUCCCGCUGUCCCUUCAGCCUUGAAGAUGAAACCCAGCCUCAGUUUCAAUGCAGAUGAAAACACGUUCCACACACCGGACGUCAGCGUCACCUUCCCCAGCGCCACCUGGCAGAGCAGCACAGGCCCAAGCCGGGCCCCGCUCCUGCCCCGGGACAUCCGAGGGUCUACAGACAGCGCAGGCCGAUGUCACAGCCCACUGCCCCCCUGCCAGCCCCGCUGGCACGCGGCCGGCAGCGCCAAGAGGCCAAGAAGACCAAAAUCUGCUGUGUGGGCACCGUCCACUGCCCACUUCCCACGCCUGGGGGGAAGUGUCAAGGCCGCACCCGCGCACGAGGGGUGCCUGCUGGGCAGCCGCCUUGGCGUGGCCGCCCCACCCUGCGCCGGGGGCUGUGGCCACAGCUGCAGCUCUGGAGCCCUGGCACCGCUCUCUGAGCUUCGGGGUCUCCCUUGUGCAGAGAAACUCAUCAACAGACACGGCGGCGGACGCGCACAGAGCGACACCGGCGUGAAGAGACACAGAGACGAUGGCAUCCACAAGGCAGGGCGCUGGCGCUGGCGACCGCUUGACCGCGGACUCCCGGCGAGGGCAGCGCCCCCGGCCUCCGGGGCGCCCCGGCUCCGGGCCCGGCGGCUGCGGGCGACGCGGCUUUCUAUCGGAAGGCAGCCCCACAGCAUCACCGACCGGAAGAGAUCCGCGGACCAGCCGCGGACGCGGCGGCCCAAGACGCGGCUGUCCUUAGCGCCCCUCGGCCCACUCAAGACGGGUGACGACGGCGGCGUGCGGCGUGCCCUGUGCCGCGACUCUGAAGCCCAGUGA